GUCCCGCCCUCCGUCGCGGUGGCGCGGUGCACCUUGGGAUAGAGAGCGAUCUCCGAGCGAGGCAGCAAGAUGGACGCGGGAUUCUUCCGCGGAACAAGUGCAGAACAGGAUAAUCGGUUCAGCAACAAACAGAAGAAGCUACUGAAGCAGCUGAAAUUCGCAGAAUGCCUAGAAAAAAAGGUGGACAUGAGCAAAGUAAAUUUGGAGGUUAUAAAGCCUUGGAUAACAAAACGAGUAACGGAAAUCCUUGGGUUUGAAGAUGAUGUUGUGAUUGAGUUUAUAUUCAACCAGCUGGAAGUGAAGAAUCCAGACUCCAAAAUGAUGCAAAUCAACCUGACUGGGUUUUUGAAUGGAAAAAAUGCUAGAGAAUUUAUGGGAGAACUGUGGCCCCUGCUCUUAAGUGCACAAGAAAACAUCGCUGGAAUCCCUUCUGCUUUCCUAGAACUGAAGAAAGAAGAAAUAAAACAGAGACAGAUUGAACAAGAAAAGUUGGCAUCUAUGAAAAAGCAAGAUGAAGACAAGGAUAAGAGGGAUAAGGAAGAAAAAGAAAGCAGCAGAGAAAAAAGGGAGCAGUCUCGAAGCCCAAGAAGACGCAAAUCCAGAUCUCCUUCCCCUAGAAGACGAUCUUCCCCUGUCAGGAGAGAGAGAAAGCGCAGUCAUUCUCGAUCUCCCCGUCACAGAACCAAGAGCCGGAGUCCUUCCCCUGCUCCAGAGAAGAAGGAAAAAACUCCAGAGCUCCCAGAGCCAUCAGUGAAAGUAAAAGAACCUUCAGUACAAGAGGCCACUUCUACUAGUGACAUCCUGAAAGUUCCCAAGCCUGAACCAGUACCAGAGCCUAAAGAACCUUCUCCAGAGAAAAACUCCAAAAAGGAAAAGGAAAAGGAGAAGACCCGGCCAAGAUCUCGGUCACGUUCCAAGUCAAGAUCCCGGACACGUUCUCGCUCUCCUUCUCAUACUCGACCGAGAAGGCGCCAUAGAUCCCCAUCAAGAUCAUACUCACCUAGGAGGCGGCCAAGCCCAAGAAGACGGCCAUCUCCUCGAAGAAGAACUCCACCGAGACGAAUGCCUCCUCCACCAAGGCAUAGAAGGAGUAGAUCUCCAGUGAGACGAAGAAGGCGUUCAUCGGCAUCCUUGUCCGGGAGUAGCUCGUCCUCUUCUUCAUCUCGUUCCUGGUCACCGCCAAAGAAGCCUCCAAAGAGGACAUCCAGCCCCCCUCGGAAAACUCGUAGGUUAUCUCCUUCAGCAAGCCCUCCGAGGCGAAGGCACAGGCCAUCACCUCCAGCAACUCCACCACCAAAAACUCGUCAUUCCCCGACACCCCAGCAGUCAAACCGUACGAGGAAAAGUCGUGUUUCUGUCUCUCCAGGGAGAACUUCAGGUAAAGUGACAAAACAUAAAGGUACUGAGAAAAGAGAGUCCCCUUCACCAGCACCCAAGCCUAGAAAAGUGGAGUUAUCUGAAUCAGAAGAUAAAGGUGGCAAAAUGGCUGCAGCAGAUUCUGUGCAGCAGAGACGCCAAUACAGACGACAGAACCAGCAGUCUUCCUCUGAUUCUGGCUCCUCCUCUUCCUCAGAAGAUGAGCGACCCAAAAGGUCCCACGUGAAGAAUGGUGAGGUAGGCAGGCGGCGGAGACAUUCCCCUUCCCGGAGUGCCUCUCCAUCACCUCGAAAGCGCCAGAAAGAGACUUCCCCUCGUGGUAGACGGAGGAGAAGCCCCUCCCCACCGCCUGCCAGAAGGAGACGUUCUCCUUCUCCUGCCCCUCCGCCUCGUCGACGCAGGUCUCCCACACCACCACCACGACGAAGGACUCCUUCUCCUCCCCCACGUCGUCGCUCACCUUCCCCAAGAAGAUACUCUCCUCCAAUACAGAGGAGAUAUUCUCCUUCUCCACCUCCAAAGAGAAGAACGGCUUCACCCCCUCCCCCUCCUAAACGAAGGGCAUCACCGUCUCCACCACCAAAGCGUCGGGUCUCCCAUUCGCCACCUCCCAAACAAAGAAGCUCCCCAGUCACCAAGAGACGUUCGCCUUCAUUGUCAUCAAAGCAUAGGAAAGGGUCUUCCCCGAGCCGAUCUACCCGGGAGGCCCGGUCACCACAACCAAACAAACGGCAUUCGCCCUCACCACGGCCUCGAGCUCCUCAGACCUCCUCAAGUCCUCCAGCUGUUCGAAGAGGAUCAUCAUCAUCACCCCAAAGAAGGCAGUCCCCAUCUCCAAGUUCUAGGCCCAUUAGGAGAGUCUCCAGGACUCCGGAACCCAAAAAGAUAAAAAAAGCUGCCUCACCAAGCCCUCAGUCGGUAAGGAGGGUCUCAUCUUCCCGAUCUGUCUCGGGGUCUCGUGAGCCAGCAGCUAAAAAACCCCCAGCACCUCCAUCCCCUGUCCAGUCUCAGUCACCCUCUACCAACUGGUCACCAGCGGUACCGGUUAAAAAGGCUAAAAGCCCAACACCAAGCCCAUCACCGGCAAGGAAUUCAGACCCAGAAGGAGGUGGAAAGAAAAAGAAGAAAAAGAAGGACAAGAAACACAAAAAGGAUAAGAAGCACAAGAAGCACAAAAAACACAAGAAGGAAAAGGCUGUAGCCGCAGCUGCUGCAGCUCCUGUGACCCCUGCAGCCAUUGCUGCUCCCACAGCCGCGUCAGCACAGGAAGAACCAGAGGCAGAACCAGAGCCUAAGAAGGAGACUGAAAGUGAGGCUGAAGAUAACCUUGAUGACUUAGAAAAGCACCUGCGUGAAAAGGCCCUGAGAUCAAUGCGGAAGGCUCAAGUGUCCCCACAGUCCUAGGUGGAAAUGUUUGUUAUGAUGUAAAUUUUAUUUGGUUUGUACGCAAUUCAGUUUCAAAAUUGCUAAAAAUGUGUUUGAGCUUUAGACUAUAACAUUUGUUGUAAUAAUUGCUAGGUUGAAGUUCACCAUGUAAAAAAAAAAGGGCAUGGAUAUACAUUGCAAAAGGUGUCCACAGUGUAUUAGUGACAUUCUUUCAUUGACAGCUGACAUAAAUUCAUUUAGAGUGAAAUAUUUUAAGCCAAAAAAAAAAAUCCCCUUUUUAAAAAAGGGGGUUUAAAUAUUGUUGGCAUUCUUAUGGUUCCUUUAAAUGCCCCUGUCUAUUCCCAGAGGUUUUUCUUUCUACUUUUUCUUUCUUUUUUCCUUUUUCUCAUUUGAGUCUUAGCACCCAUUUAAGUUAUGAUGCUUCCAACCUUGUAUGGU